AUGCGGUGGGCGCCCGGCGCCAGCGCCGGCCGGGCGGUCUACGUCGUCCUCGUCGCGUCGCUGUGGUGCGCCUCGCUCGUCCCGCGCGCGGCGCCGGCGGACCUCGCGGCGGACCGGGCGGUGCUGCUCGCGUUCCGGACCGCGGUGGGGACGCGGCUCCCGUGGGACGCGGCGUCGCCGUGCGGGUGGCGUGGCGUCAAGUGCGACCCCGCCGGCGCGCGCGUCAUCGCGCUGCAGCUCCCUGGGGAGAGCCUCGUCGGUGCGGUGCCGCUCGGGACGAUCGGGAACCUCACGGCGCUGCGGACGCUGUCGCUCCGCCUCAAUGCGCUGUCCGGCGGGAUCCCGGCCGAUAUCGGGAGCUGCGCGGAGCUCAGGUACCUGUAUCUUCAAGGCAACCGGCUCGAUGGGCAGAUACCGGAGGGGUUCUUCCAACUCCGGUUGCUGCAGCGGCUCGACCUCUCGAACAACCGCAUCGCCGGCGGGGUCUCGCAGGACUUCAACAGGCUCCAGAGGCUCGCUACUCUGUACUUGGAGAACAACAGCUUGAAUGGCACGCUGCCGUCCAACCUUGACCUCCCGAAGCUUCAACUCUUCAACGUGUCCAGAAACAACCUCACCGGCCCUGUUCCCAACUCGCUCGCCGGGAUGCCAGCCAGCUCCUUUGAUGGGACAGGGCUCUGUGGCGGCCCUCUAGCCCCGUGCCCAACCCCUCCGCCGCCGCCGACGUCUCCGUCACCGCCGUUCUCGCCGCCGCCUCCUCCGGCCGCUGCUAAUGGUAGCAACAGCAGGAAGCUCUCCACUGGUGCGAUCGCCGGCAUUGCUGCGGGUGGUGCCGUGGCGUUCUUGGUUUUGAUGGCCGCGAUCUUCUUCCUCUGCUUUCGGUGUCAGAGGACAAUGGCUGAAAAGUCCGCGGCGGCGGCGGCGGCGGCGGCCUACGGCGACCUGGACGCUUCUCCUGAGUCGGUCACCGUGGCGAGCACGGACAAGAAGAACGCCACGAGGCGGUCCUCGCAGGCCACGCCGGCCGGCAACGCCAAGAAGCUGGUGUUCUUGGGAGCGGCGCCGGACGCGGCGUACGAUCUGGAGUCCCUUCUGCACGCGUCGGCGGAGGAGAUCGGGAAGGGGUGGCUGGGCACGACGUACCGCGCCACGCUCGAGGGCGGCGCCGCCACCGUGGCCGUCAAGCGGCUCAGGGUGGCGCCCAUCCCGGAGCGGGAGUUCCGGGACAAGGUGACCGCGCUGGGCGCGCUCCGGCACGACAACUUAGUGCCGCUCCGCGCCUACUUCUACAGCCGGGAGGAGAACCUCAUCGUGUACGACUUCGUGGGCGCCAGCAGCCUCUGCUCCCUCCUCCACGGCAGCAGCAGCGGCGCCGGCGCGAGCCCCGCGCGGCUCGACUUCGCCGCGCGGGCGCGCAUCGCGCUGGCUGCCGCGAGCGGCGUCGCGUUCGUCCACGGCGCCGGCGCCCGCUCGUGCCACGGCAACAUCAAGUCGACCAACGUCCUCGUCACCGACGCGCGCGACGGCGCCUACGUGACGGACCACGGCAUCCUCCAGCUCGUCGGCGCGCACGUGCCCCUCAAGCGCGUCACCGGGUACCGCGCCCCGGAGGUAACCGACCCGCGCAGGGCGUCGCAGGAGACGGACGUGUACAGCUUCGGCGUGCUGCUCCUCGAGCUGCUGACGGGGAAACCGCCCGUGAACUCGGUGCCGGGGAGCACCGAUGGCGUGGACCUGCCGCUGUGGGUGCGCACGGUGGUCCAGGAGGAGUGGACGUCCGAGGUGUUCGACGCCAGCAUCGCGAUCGAGGAGCGCGUGGAGGAGGAGAUGAUGCGGCUGCUGCAGCUCGCCAUGGACUGCACCGACGAUCGGCCCGACCGGCGGCCUCGGAUGGGCGAGGUGGUGGCGAGGAUCGAGCUCAUUGUCGAGAGCGCGCUCCUGAAGACUGACGCGGAUGACGACUUCCACAGUAUUUCUCCAUGA